AUGCUGGCAGAACGAAGCGACACUGAUUCCUGCACGCCAUACAAGUGUUCGAUCGAGUGCUUCUGUCUGUUUUGGGAGGGAGAGGCAAGAAGGGAGGGAGGCAGUGCGAGGACGGUGGCGGACGUGAAGUGUGAAUUGGCAACGCAGCUGAGGGGAGCACCGCUUGAUGAGCUGCUGAGGAAGUACGGAUACUCGAGGCCGUCCGCGCGUGUCUCGGAGCGUCCGCCCCGUACCGUCGCUCGCUUCGCAGGCGAAGUCUCGCGUGGCCAGCUUCGUCUCUGGGAAAGGCGAGCGGUUGGGCGAAGGCCUUCAGCGUUAUUCCCAGGCCUCGCUGAGGAUGGUGGGGAGCUGAUGCUAUUGGAGGAAUGCUUGGUGCUGCGGCUCCACAGCUCCAAGGGGAACUUCCUCGUCGCAUCGGAACAGACGCCGGGACCGGAUGGCCAGAAGAGCGAAUGGUCCUUGCAAGGUCCGACGAGGAAAGCCAAGGAGGAUGGCUACUUUCCUGAAGUACGCUUGAAGAACGGCGAGGACCCAGUAGUGGCCAUCCGUCGAACAGUCUCGGAGCAUCUUCGGCUGUCACAGGCGAUGCCAAUGUGCAUCCGCUUUGGCGAGAGACUUCUUGAGGAGCAGCGAGACUCCCAAUCUCUUGCAAAGUUGGUUGCGUGUCAGGUGGUUGAUGUACAGCUCGGCUCACCGAACGUUCGCAUGCUGUGUUGUUUGAUGAUGCCUGGCAUGGAGGCAGAAGCCGAGGCCCUCGGCAUUAAGCGUCCGGUGCAUGGGGGUAAGACCGACGUGGAUGAAGAGGACAUCGAAGUCCACGCUCUGAUGCAGGAUCUCGUGGAGGGGGCAGAGCCUCGGGUGGCUUCUGGAGCUCUGCAGCUGGACGGUGAACUCAGUGUUUCUGCGACUGCUGCGCAGCGCGCCGCAGCCGUGGCAGAGAAGGAGCACUUGGGGCUCUGCGACAUUAUGAGCCCAGCGUUUGAGAUCACUGCAGUUGUGUUGAAGCUCUGUUGCUAG